GAAAUCAUGAGCCUCAACAAGUAACCUAUUGAACUCUCUCACAUCCUAUAUAUAGUGAGGCAGAGACCUUCAAACAAUUUCAAAAAAUACACCCCACAAAACAAAUACAGCUAUGUUAGACGUGUACAGUACAAUUAAUUCCGUCUCAGAAAACUUCUCCCCUCCGUCGGUGCGGCCGCCGCCGGUGAGCCGUUACGAGCUCCAAAAACGGCGAGAUUGGAACACAUUCGGGCAGUACUUGAGAAACCACAAGCCACCAUUGAUACUAACAAGGUGCAGCGGAGCGAACAUUCUAGAAUUCUUAAAGUACCUAGAUCAAUUCGGAAAAACGAAAGUUCACAACUGUAGUUGUCCGUUUUUCGGCGAUCCUCAUCCGCCGGCGCCGUGCAAUUGUCCGUUGAAACAAGCUUGGGGUAGCCUUGACGCGCUAAUUGGGAGGCUACGCGCUGCAUUUGAAGAGAACGGAGGACGGACGGAGACGAAUCCGUUUGGUGCUCGAGCAGUGAGGUUGUAUUUGAGGGAAGUGAGAGACACGCAAGCCAAAGCGAGAGGGAUUGCUUAUGAGAAGAAGAAAAGAAGGAAUAUUAAGCAGCAGCAGCAGCAUUUUCAGGAGCAAGAAAAAGUUGGUGAUGGAGCUGCCAUAUAUAGUUAAAUUACUUUAAUUAUUUGAAUUUUGAAUUAAUUAGCUUGUUCGAUUAUUAUGUAAAUGUGAUAUUAGUAUAAGUAUAAAUCAGUUUUUGCAACGUAUAUAUAUCAUCUUCUGCUUGCAUUCAAACUUCUUGGGGA